AUGUCCACUGAGAGAUCUAGGACAGAAGAUACAAAUCUUCGUGAACAGCAAUCUAAUGAUCGCUUACUUUCAAGUAAUGCUACAUCAAUGGAUGACAAAAGGAAAUCAGCAGUUCUAAUUGCUGCCAAAUCCCUAGAUAGAGAACUAAAACACAUCAAGGAUUUGAAGAGGUUUUCUAUUGGAUCUAUGGAUAUGUUGAUGGACCCUGAAUUAGAAUAUAGAGUCUCUAACAUCAACAAACAAAGCACAGAUACUUACAGCAAAAGACGCAGCAUCACAUCAGAUUUGCAACCUUUGGAUGCAAAUGAUGAUUUUUCAGAUGACCCUUUAGGGAUUAAAUCAACAGAAUUUCUACCAUCUUCAGUUAUAAGAUCAUCAAAUCCUUCAGGCAACAGGAGUGACAAAUAUACUAGGAGAAAGUUAAGCGGAUCAAGAUCCCUGAAUACAAUCCCUGAUUCGAUGGCAUACAACUCAAAAGCUUCCACUACAAAGAAAAAUCUACUCUGGGUCCCGGCUGACAAACAUCCAAAUGUGAUGCCAGAUAACUAUAUCCAAAUGAUACAAAACUCUUUGAAUAACUUAUCUUUGGAGUCAAAUGAGGAUGUUGAUAAAGAUUCAAAAGUCUUACCUCAGGAAAACAAGGAAAACAUAUAUGAGGAUAGAGAGAGAUUAAGUGUUGCAUACAAGAGAAGAAAUAGAUCAUUGGUACGAAGACCAUCUCAACUAAGAAAGUCCUAUACGGAAUUCAAUAACUCCGAUGAUGAAGAAGACAAUACUGAUGAAAACAAUUUAAGCAAAAACAAUAAAGAUACCAAUGAGAAUAGCGCCAAUACGUCAAUGGAUUCAAUAAAAACAUCAAAAUCGUUUGACAACAAACGAUAUUCUAUUUCCUUAAAGGAUAUCACGGCUGAAUUGACCAAAAUAUCAAACAGUGUAGGUCUUUCAGAUUCUGACGCGGUUUCAUUAGCAAGAUCCUUAAGCAUUACUGGUCCUUACCAAGAUGAGACUGAGAGUGAUGGUGCAGGAGAUAUAAUGCUGGACAAUCCAUCAGACGAGGAAUCUCUUAACGAUGAAUUUGUGUCAAACAUGGUUUUAAGGAAUGGACUAAUGAUACCGACAAGAUCUUCGUUGAGACGAAGUAAAUUCACAACAUAUAGAUCAAGAACUUCAAGCUCAGAUUCAUUAAGUCCGAAGAAACAGAACUUUGAUGAUAAACAGGAGACUUCUGUUUCUUCUUCGAAGGCAAAUGAAAAUGAAAUUAAAAAUCCUUUUGGAAAACUACCAGAAGUUAAUUUAAAAGCCGAAGAAUCUAACGAAGACGAUGAGUCCUUAAAAACUUCCCCAGCUGCAAGUGAUUUUCAAGAUAUUUAUGAUCAUUACCGUCAACCAAGUUCAGACUGGGACAUGGAAUUUAAAAAACAUGAUGACACAAGCUUUACUGACAGUUCUAUAACAAAUAGUUACUCGUAUACAUCAUCUGUUCAAAAGCUAGAUACAGAACCCAGUGAUGAAAUCGAAGAUCAAAACAAUGAUUUUUCCUAUGAAAUCGAUUCUUAUGAAGUCCCUGACAGUGACAAAUUUGAUAACUUGGAUGGGACAGAAAACAGCCUAAACAACAAAUCUAGUACUAGUAUAAAUAAAGAGCAUAUCGAAACUUCAAAACCAAGUGAAUUAUUAGCCAAAGAAAAUGAACCGGAAAAGCACCAUUCCAGAAAAGCAGCAUGGCCGUGGUUUUCUAAAAGGCAUGGUGAAAGUCAUGAAAAAAAUCAUACAGAACACGAAAAUGAACCUUCAAAACAAUCUUUUGAAGGUAUGCAAAGUUUUGUUGUCAAUGGUAAUGUACAAGAGGCAGAUGAUGCCAAAAAGAUUGGAUCAAGAGAUUCCAGUAAUAAUCGUCGCCGUACUUCAAAAAAUCGUCAUAUUCAAAUUUUUAAACCAUUUGAAUCUCAAUCAACAGGUGAAGAAAAGAAUGAUUCAGGGGAAUCUAAUCAAUCAUCAAAUAACAUAAAACAAAAGUUUGAGAAAACAUUCGGAGAUUUAUUUAAACGUAAAGGUUCAAGGAAAUCAACAAGCAAGGUACAUAGAGAAGCCGGUGGGCAAAAACAUGAAUUGAAAAGUAAAUCAUCAUCUAGCAGUUUGAGAAAGCUACGUAAAGCGUCGAUAAUAUCCAACAAAUCGACGAAUGAUUCUGAGUCAAGAAGCAAAAGUAGUAUUUCACCAAUAUCGGCAACCUUCAGAAUAGAUGAAGAUGAACCAGAUACUAACAAUACUAAUUUAUUAGCCGACAGCGAAAGAAACAUGAAUACAAUUGAUUCAAACCUUGAUCGAUAUAUAAAUGAAAAUGAAAGUCAUCCAGAUGAUAAAGAAACUGAUGAAAAUGUGCUAGAACAUGUAAUUGAAGAGACUAUAUCGGAACAAGAAAACCAAGGUCUAUCUUUGCAACCGGCGGUAAGUAUUAAGAGUACUAAACACGAUAGUGCUAAUAAUUCUGAAUGUAAUAAUAAUAAUAAUAAUAAUAAUAAUAAUAAUAAUGAUGAUAUUAAUAGUAACAAUAAUGCUGACAGUGGAAAAUCUUUUAGGGUUGUUUCUGGGAAUAAGGAAAUGGGACAAACUAAAACUCGUAGUAAAGAUCCAUAUGCGAAUAAACCAAGGGCUUCAGGGCAACGUCGUCAUAAUAAGCGUAAGAAUAACAAUGCAAUUUCAAGAGAUGACAAAUUAAAUAGAAGGAGAAAAGAAGAGCAGAAGCCAUCAAAUAAAGUUGAGCAAGGAAAUAUAAUCCAAUCUGUUCUUCCACCUCGUAAACUUGUAUUUGCUGAUGUACAUAAAUCAGAUAUACCCAAUGGACCAAUACAGUUUACAGACAGUGCAUUUGGAUUUCCCUUACCACUAUUGACGAUAUCUACCGUUAUUAUGUUCGAUCACAGAUUGCCUGUCAACGUUGAGAGGGCAAUAUAUAGGUUAAGUCAUUUAAAAUUGAGUGAACCAAAAAGAGCAUUACGAGACCAAGUGUUACUGAGUAAUUUUAUGUAUGCAUAUUUGCAUUUAGUGAACCACACGUUAUACAUGGAACAACAUGAACAAUUACCGACUUCAACUAUGAAUCAAACAAACAUUGCCAUGAUGACAGAUAGUGUAAAUGAAAAUAUUUUAGUUGGAGCCAAUGGACCAUAG